CACCGAUGCCUGUGAGACGCCACAGGCUCCACAGGCUCCACAGACGCCACAGAAGCCACCGCAACACCUUGCUUCGCCACCAAUGUGUAUGCAGGUGCCCAUCAUCGCCGUGCCCGUGCUGGUCCCUCUGAUGGCACCCAGGGCAAUUACCAGCCCCAACCCGACUGUCGCAAGGAGCUUUGCAACACCUGCCCCAGCUGUGACUCCAGAUGAUACGCCCCGGACCCAGUGUGGCAACCUUGAGAUCCAGGUUGCAGGUGACUCGACGCCGGAGGGUAAUUGCUUUGGAGACCCCGAGGGGCCAGCAUCGUUUUACAACUUCAUCGACGAUUUGAAGGUGGAGAAACAGGUCACAGGAUCGACAGAGCCCGUGGAGUGGCCUGAAUUGGAGUUCCAGGGCGUUGACUCUGACUCCGAUGCCUCUUUCUGCAACCUGUACAGAAACUUCCAGCGGCACUUUACGAUGCCUGUGGAGAGGACCUUCAUCCACUUCAACACCCGCAGCUUGGCGUCCGUUGCGCCGCGUCGCCGUUCCAAAUCUGUCUAGAGCCUGGAAAGAAGGAGCUUUUCGCCCAUUGCGGCACUCGCGCCGGCUUGCGUCGAGUUACGCGCUGCGUCGCCGCCACCGGUGACGAGAACACAACGUUUUGGCAGAGGUGAUUCUUUCCAGCAAGGAGGUCUCUGUUUGCUGUGA